AUGACUUUGCUAGCUAUCAGCAACUCGAGCUUUGCGAUCUCGAAUAGCGAAACUGACUUGAUUAUUUACAGAACCUUUACGACCUCCUCGGUUGGUAACGACAUCGAGGGAGACGAGCCUCCCGCUCCGCCCCUGAAGCCCGCCGAGAAGACUUCGACCCACACGGUCAAGCGUAACACCGAUGGCCUAGCUCCCUCCAAGGGUCCGGUCACCACUGGCAACCGUCGGGGCGGCGCUAAUGUCGGCGGUAACGAGGCUGCCUUCCGCGACCGUGGCGCUGGCCGGGACUCCAACCGUGGUAAGACCACGGACGAAGCGCCGCGUGGCGGACGUCGUGGCGGCUUCCGUGGUCGUGGCGGUAGACGCGAGGAGGGUGACCGUCACCCCUUCAGAGGCGCUCUUCAUAGCAACUCCGAGAAGCAGGCUGCCCAGUCUUGGGGCGCCAACGAAGGCGAGGCUGAGCUGAAGGACGAGCAAGCGGCCGCCGAGAUUGCCCAGUCUGAGCAGAAGGCUGAGGGUGAGGCUGCUGUCGAGGGCGAGGCUAAGGAGGAAGAGCCCGAGGAGAAGCACAUCACCUACGACCAGUACCUCGUCCAGCAGGCCGAGAAGAAGGCUGCUCUUGAGGCCGAGCUGCAGGUCCGCAAGCCGAACGAGGGCAUCAAGGACGACAAGUGGAAGGAUUUUGCCCCUCUUGCGAAGGACGAGGAGGAGGAGCUCUUCCCCGCCUCCGGCGGCAAGGCCAAGCGCGAGCGUGAGCGCAAGACCAAGCAAUUCGUCGAGCUUGAGAACCGCUACAUUGAGCCUGAGCGCACCCGGGGCGGCCGCGGUGGCCGUGGCGGCGACCGCGGUGACCGUGGCGACCGUGGCGCCCGUGGUGACCGUGGUGAUCGUGGUGAUCGUGGCGAUCGUGGCGGUCGCGGCCGUGGCGAUGGUGCCCGUGGCCGUGGCCGUGGCGCUCCCCGCGGCGGCGAGUCCCGCGGUGAGUUCCGUGGUGGCCGUGGUGGCGGCCGUGGCCAGGAGAACAAGCCGAUCAACACGAACGACGAGGAUGCCUUCCCCAGCCUGGGCGGCAAGUAAACUCGUCCAUAUUGGGCCACUCCCCGGGAACUUGACAGACUCUUAUUCCCCGAGUUUGCGGAUUCAACGGGGCAAUGAAGGACAGCGGGAAAGGAGGGCAUGGGCAUGUCCGUCGACUACAACGUGGUUAAACCUGGGGGUGAACAUCCCGCCUCAAUGAAAGGCAAAGCAAAUGGUUCCUCGAUACUUUCCCCCAAACAACGAAAGUUUCUUUUUCUCUUUUAAACGAAC